AUGUCCAACGAACAGAACCCCGGACUCCUCGGCGGCCUAGGCGAUACCCUGGGCAAGACAGUCGGCGGCGUGACAAACACACUGGGCACCACAGUCGGCGGUCUCGGCUCAACCGUGGGCGGCGCAACAUCUGGGCUCGGAAAUACAAUCUCGGGCGCAACAGAGGGUGUCGGGAAUACCACGAAGGGUGCUGGACAGGGAGUGCAGAGUGGUUUCUCUAGUCUUGGGGGCCAGCAGCAGACUGCGGAUAACCCUCUUGGAUUGAAUCAAUAG